CCGGGAACGCGGCGCACCGGGGGCCACAUCUGGCUGAGCGGGCGCGCGCGUGUCACUAAGACGCUCAUUCACCGGCGCAGCUGUCACCAUAACAACCGGAGCGAGGGAAUCCUGGCGACUGCUGGGGGCGGGGGCGGCGGUUGCGCGAGGGACCCCGCGGGGGCUGGAGCGUGGCGGCCCUGGGAGACCCACCACCGCGGCAGCGCCCAGCACACCCCGCGCUCCUCGGAGCCCCGCUCCAUGCCGAGCCGCCGGCGGGAGGGCGCCACUCACGUUGCAGCCUCGGCCGUCCCCGCGGGCGGGGACCCAGCCGGCGCCGAGCAGCCGAGACUCCGGGCAGGCCGAGCCGCUGAGCGCCCGCUCCAGGAGCCCUGACUCUAUGGCCCCGGGGGAGCGCGCCGGAGCCACCGCGCCGCCCGCUACCAGCCAGAACCGGAGCGCCAGCGGGAGGAAGAGGGGAGCCCCGGGCGCCGCCAGCCCCGGCCCAGGGGCGCGCCCGCCGCGGAAAAUGGCAGGCAGGUAGAGGGCCCCCGCGGCGGGCAGGCCCCGCCGAGGACCGAGGAGCCCGGAGACUGGGAGGAGAAGAGCGGCCUGCCCGCCCCCUGCCGCAGCCCCACCAGGGCCCUCCCCCGGCGGCGCGCGCGCCGGCGCGCGCACACACUUGCACACCGUACCUCCUCUGCUGCUCAGCCUCGCCUGCCCCCCGCGAGCACCGAACCCCCUGGGGCCGGAUGCCAUGGGUAACAACUUCUCCAGUAUCCCCUCUCUGCCCCGAGGAAACCCGAGCCGGGCGCCACGGGGCCACCCCCAAAACAUCAAAGACUCCAUCGGGGGCCCCUUCCCUGUCACCUCUCACCGAUGCCACCACAAGCAGAAGUACUGCCCACCGGUGCUGCCCGGUGGGGGGCUCCCGGCCACGCCACUGCUCUUCCACCCACAUACCAAGGGCUCCCAGAUCCUCAUGGACCUCAGCCACAAGGCCGUCAAGAGGCAGGCCAGCUUCUGCAAUGCCAUCACCUUCAGUAACCGCCCGGUCCUCAUCUAUGAGCAAGUCAGGCUGAAGAUCACCAAGAAGCAGUGCUGCUGGAGCGGGGCGCUGCGGCUAGGCUUCACGAGCAAGGACCCAUCCCGUAUCCACCCUGACUCACUGCCCAAGUACGCCUGCCCCGACCUGGUGUCCCAGAGCGGCUUCUGGGCCAAGGCGCUGCCCGAGGAGUUUGCCAACGAGGGCAACAUCAUCGCCUUCUGGGUGGACAAGAAGGGCCGUGUUUUCUACCGCAUCAACGACUCGGCCGCCAUGCUCUUCUUCAAUGGGGUCCGUACAGCCGACCCGCUCUGGGCCCUGGUGGACGUCUACGGCCUCACGCGGGGCGUCCAGCUACUUGACAGCGAGCUGGUGCUACCGGACUGCGUGCGGCCGCGCUCUUUCACUGCCCUGCGGCGGCCGUCGCUGCGACGUGAGGCCGAGGAAGCGCGCCUCUCCGUGAGCCUGUGCGACCUCAACGUGCCGGGCGCCGACGGCGACGAGACCGCGCCGGCCGCUGGCUGCCCCAUCCCGCAGAACUCGCUCAACUCCCAGCACAGCCACGCUCUGCCAGCGCAGCUCGACGGCGACCUGCGCUUCCACGCGCUGCGCGCCGGCGCACACGUCCGCAUCCUGGACGAGCAGACGGUGGCGCGCCUGGAGCAUGGGCGCGACGAGCGCGCGCUCGUCUUCACCAGCCGGCCCGUACGCGUGGCCGAGACCAUCUUCGUCAAGAUCACGCGUUCGGGCGGCGCACGGCCUGGCGCGCUCUCCUUCGGCGUCACCACGUGCGACCCCGGCACGCUGCGGCCAGCCGACCUGCCUUUCAGCCCCGAGGCACUGGUGGACCGUAAGGAGUUCUGGGCCGUGUGCCGCGUGCCCGGGCCCCUGCACAGCGGCGACAUCCUGGGCCUGGUGGUCAACCCCGACGGUGAGCUGCACCUCAGCCACAAUGGCUCCGCGGCGGGCAUGCAGCUGUGCGUGGACGCCUCGCAGCCGCUUUGGAUGCUCUUCGGCCUGCACGGGGCCAUCACGCAGAUCCGCAUCCUCGGCUCCACCAUCCUGGCAGAGCGGGGCAUCCCGUCACUCUCCUGCUCCCCUGCCUCCACACCAACCUCGCCCAGCGCCCUGGGCAUCCGCCUCUCUGACCCCUUGCUCAGCACAUGCAGCUCUGGACCUCUGGGGAACUCUGCUGGCGGGACGGCCCCCAACUCACCUGUGAGCCUGCCAGAGUCGCCAGUGACUCCAGGCGGGGGCCCGUGGAGCGAUGAGUGCACCAUUUGCUAUGAGCAUGUGGUGGACACGGUCAUCUACACAUGCGGCCACAUGUGCCUCUGCUAUGCCUGUGGCCUGCGCCUCAAGAAGGCUCUACACGCCUGCUGCCCCAUCUGCCGCCGCCCCAUCAAGGACAUCAUCAAGACCUACCGCAGCUCCUAGCCCGUCGUGGUGCCCUACCCCUCACGCCCACCUCCUCAGACCCCGGCCCAGCUCUACCUGAGGGGCAAGUCAACAGGGCCCCUUCUCUUCUUCCUCAUUUUGGAAAUUCUUUUCCCUUCUCAUUAAACAUGGGAAACAGCCCCUAAAGGUUUGGGGGAGGAAGGGGUAUCAGGCAGGGAGGUGGGGGCAGAAGCAAACCGCCUGUUCUUCCCUGCACGCCGAGGGGCUAAACUGGGGUCUCAGCUUCUCCUGAUCCUUCCCCAUCCGGGGUAGAUUCCCAGGAGGUCCUUCUAGCCUGUGUGGCACCUUUGUGAGAAUUAGAAAGUGUGUCCCUUCCUCUGGGCAGAUGUGGCCCUGAGCCCAGACAUGUGGCUUGGCUAGUGGAGUGUGGACUUGGACUUCAGCCUCCGUUUUCUCCCUCAGCCAACUGCCCUUGAGCAGUGCACAACCUGUGCAACAGCAGCCCUAGGCCGGCAGCUCCUGAGCUGCUGCCUUACUCUCUGACCUACACCUACCUUCUCCUUCCUUUCUUCCUUGCCCCUUGGGCCUGGAAGCCAGGGGUAAGAAGGCCAGUGGAUACCUCUCAUCCUGGGCAGGCUGCAGCCUCCAUGCCAUGUCCAUCUCCCCCUCCCCCUGGGUGGGUGGACAGACAGGCUACAGAAGCCUCCAGGCUCUGGGUCCCUAGCCCCCUGGCCUGGUUGAGAUGUGGAGGGCCCCUUUCUGGUCAGAGCCUGUCUGCCCCAGGCAUCUUGCUGGAUGCCACUGCCCAGGGGCAGCCCCUUGGUGUGGGCUGGAGAGCAGGGUCUGUCUUCUGUCAGGGGUCUCUGAAGAACAGGUUUGCAGCUACCCUAUGUGACCUCUCCUCCCCCAUUUCAGUGCUAUUCUGGGCCGGGCUGGUACUCAUAGAGGCUGUAGCAUCCCCAGGAGAGGGCAGGGCCCUGGAUUGGGAGUAGGGCGCUCCCUGGAGUAAGAACAGGCUUUUUCCGUAUUUUAACUUAUUUAUUUAUUGGGUUUGUAGGGGUUAUUUGGCAGGGGGGCGGGACUGAAUUCCCAUCCCCCAGACCCCUAGAAAUGCUGUCCUGGUGGGCGGAGUGCCUGGUUAGAGGGGUCAGCAGAGGUAGUCAUCACUCAAAAUCUUCCCCAGACUGCAGCCCAGAAGUCCAUAGCCAGCUCUGCUUACCAUGAAGUAGAACUCCAAAGGGGCUGAAGUGGGAGGCCUUCUGACAAAUUGUAUCCCUUUUAUAGAGAGGGCAGCAGAGCCUCUGCAGUGCCCUGGGACUAGGGGAUCACCCCAGAGCCACAAAAUGCCCUUCUUCUUGGGCUGGAGCAGGGUUAUCAUAAUUGGCUCAUUAUACAUCACGAGGCCCAGGAGUUCCCUCCUCCAUAAGGACAUAAAAAGUUCUGGGCAAGCUGAGGGAGGGAAGGCCAGCUGGCCUCAUCAUUGUAGGGGUAGGGAGCCUGUUCUUAGGCUCUCUGGUCCCAGGAAAGAGGAGAACCUCUAGGUUCUUAGUCCUGAUGCUGGGGUGAGGGAGUCCCCCCCGCAGCUGCUCUUAGGUUAUAGUCAUCUCAGCCCUGCACGCCCUGUCCUGAUGGCCAUGGCUGGGGCCAGCUCUCAGAGUCCUGGCCUAGUUGCCCCCAAGCCUCCCAGCCCUCGGCCCCCUCAGAUAGUUUUUUGCGCCUGUCGGAGACUGCUUUGCCGUAUGGCUGGCAGAGCGCGGGAUUCUGGACCUGGCCACUGCCCAGUUGUGUGGCCCCGACCAGGUCACAGCCUCUCUGAGCCUCAGCUGGCACCUCGGUAAAGUGAUGGUUGGGGUCGGGAGGGACUUUCUUUGUGACUCUCGGGGGUUCUCUGGUGGGGGCUGCUAUGGGGUGGUGUGGUGGGACAGCACAGGGAGGGGGUCAGGAUGCCAGGCGGGCCCUGUCUGCACCUGCCUGGCCGGGAAGCCACAGUCCUACCAUGGGUCUCCCCUCCCCACUGACCCUGUAGACCCCUUCUGUGGGAGGGGGGGCGAGGUGGGGCUGGUGUGGCCCCACCCAGUCAGGGGUCCCCUCUCAGACAAGGAGAAUUCUUACAUGCAGGGGCUGUACAGCCUGCGCGCCAGGGAGAGGAAGCCACCGUCCUGUUGUCUCUGCUAGCCUGGGGGUAGCUGCUGCCUCCUCUGUGAACCUGGGUCACCGUGACUGAUUGUGAAUAAAGGUGAUUUCGUACCAGCCUGAGGGCUGUGCUGUGCAGUCUGGAGGGCUGGGGACGGAGGGCAGGCGGGCAGGUGGGUGUGCAGGAGGGGAGUCAACGAUCAGGAAAGACUCCCUGGAGAGAGCAGGGGAGGGGGAGGCGGCUGGAGCGUGACCUGGGGCUUGGAUAGCAGGGGCUAUCCAAGCAGAAUGCCAGGCGAGCCCCACUGUAAGCUGAAAGGGAGACGCUACUGCCCCUCGGUGGCCUCAGGUCCCUGGGUCCGUGGCACUCCCGAGGCUGAGCCGGGUCUAACUCUGGAGUGCAACCUUUGUGGAGGGGCAGCGCCACCUAGGGGCUAAAGGGCGGCAGGCACUGUGCUGAGCUCCCCAGAACAGGGCCUGCCCGGCUCUCACCCGAAGCCCAGACCUGGAAGCUCCGCUGCUGCUCCCACUGGUCGGUGAGGAGGCCUAUGCCAAAUGAGUGGCACAGCUGGGCUGAAAAGGGAGGCCUCGGUCAGGGACCUUCGGAAAAACUUUCUAGAUGGGCUGAGUACCUCUGGGUGGCGGUAGAAGCUGGAGCGCUGGACGGGGUCUGGGCCCGAUGUGGGAGUUGAACUCAUUUGGCAGGCUGGGCCUCAGAGGGACAUGGGCUGCUUGCCUUCCUCUCUCCUGGGAGGAUGCUCUAGCUGCCCAGCCUCUGCUUGGCCUUGAACAGCCAUGGGCUACUCCCCACACCAGGACUGCCCAGCCCUGCUUACUGGAGUCCAGCAAAAGUAGGGGAGGGUCAGGGGCUCUAAGCUGAGGGGCCAUGUAGGCCCACUGAAUGUGGCUCUUCGGCCCCAAGAUCUGUAUCCCUCUCUAAAAGCCUCGGCCACUGCCCAGAAAGCCUCCCAAAGGUGGGGGAGGGGUGGAGGGGCUCGAGCACGCUUCUCACCGGCAACAGUGGGAACUUACCUGUCCCCCCACCCCUCCAGUGUCCUCAGAGGGCCCGGACCCUGCAGGUCAUGUUUCAUUUGGGGUGAUGUGGCUUUUGCCACUCAGCUGGAUAUGUUUCCUUGUGGCAGGGAGAAUCAGGAGGUGAUUCUGUUCAGUUAAAAAGGCAAAAACUUUAUUUAGUUUUCAGGGAAAUACAAGAUGCAUGUAAACAUAAACAAAAUACAAAACAACCCAAAUCUUACAGUCUAGAAGCAUGCCAAGACAGAGUAUUUUCUGCAGACCAAAGAAUCCCGUCAAAAUGAUAAAAGACACCUGGAAAGCGGCAGGUCAAGGGGCUGGGUCCCUUCCCCGAGGACGCUGCAUUUUUGUGAUGAGAACAAUUCAAAAAAAAAAACAAAACCCACUAUUAAAAAUAUUAGAAACAUGGAGAGAGUUUAGCACCACCAUUGAGCCUGGAAAUUUUUUAGCACUCAGAUUGACAGCACUGGAGUCACUGCCCUUAAAUUUCUCUGCUGAGGGGGAAGAGGGAACAACCUCCUUCAGACCCCACAGACCCCACUAGGAGCUGGGAGGGGUUGAGUGGACACCGUGAGGAGUGCCCCAGAGGCAUCCAGCAGUUCACAUGCAACCAUGCAGUGCACAAACCCACGCUUCACGAACCUGCCACUAACACCUGCCUUGUUCAGAAGUCCCCUUCAUGCAGACCUCCUGUAAACUGGCCCUGAAACCCUUUUGCCAUCCUGUGUCCUGGAUUUAAAGAAAACCUGUUGCAGAGAACAAGCUGUAGAUUCAAGAACCGUGGCUCUGUUUACCCUUCUUUCUCUGAAAUGCUAAAGAGCAGUAUGCCUUGGUCACAGGCCACUAAACACGAUGAGUGCACUGCACUCCAUCUUCUGAGUCACACCACUGAGGCAGGCUCAGCAAACGGAACCACCACAGGCAUCAUUAGAGAUACUUAAGAAGAACUGGUGUCAACAGAAGAGCAAACGAAGUUGUCUUCCUCCCAGAUAUGCUUGAUGGUGUCUGGACCCCAAGGUUCCAGUUUGGGGGUGGUGGGUCCCAACUACAUGACCCAUUAUGGUCACUGGUCUCUGAUUCAAGCAAUUUGAGAGGCUAGCUCUGGAUUGGACAAAGGGAGGCGGGGAAACCCAGCCUGGAAACGGAGAGAUGGAUGAAUGUUCGGAGCCAGGGCCUCAAACUCGAAGACUGGUUUGUUGCUGGCAACUUCCUGCUUUCCACUAAGUAAAUCAAUGACCAUUAAGAACCCGCUGGGGACCCAGCUUGUGGCCCAGCAAGUAGCUGUUUCCUGAGGCCAGCUGCUUCUAACAGCCAAAUCUUGGGGCUUUCCCAGCCUGUUCUGGCUGGACCCUUGGGUGUUGAAUCACUAAACUCCCUCCCUACCUGCUGUCUUCUUCCUGAAACACUCAGAGUAGACUUCCUCCUCCUUUCUAAUAAAGACAAAACUCCAGACUCCAAACCCUCUCUCAACCUUCUCAUACGCUUCCCUUUCUGCCUAGCAGACCUCCUCUCUGGAAGCCUCCUUCUUGGGGAAGGGGCGGUAAACCCCAGCCACCCCAAACACGCGCACACUCAUCUUGCCGACGUGCCUCUCACUCACCUCCAACGUGCUCGAUCCAUACUUUUGCUUUAAAACGACAAUUCUUCCCUUCUCUCUUGCCUCCUGAGGUCCAGCCCAUUAGCUAGGAUGGAAAUGGGAACAAAGGAGGGACCUUCAUCGUAGGGACCCAUUCUCUAAGGCCACUAAGUUCUGGAAUGGGAGAGGGGGCUGAUUGUCAAGGUCAAGUGCAAACUCAAGGUUAAAAAGAUAGGCUCCGGGAAGGGGGAUGGCAUGGUAAAACCAACAUUAUAGGCAGCUUGGGACCAAGGCCCAGGAAGACAGAGUCCUCUACCCAGUCUAUAAGCACCAGUGUGCCCAACUUCUGGCCUGAGGACCCAGGUGCACAGGACAAAACAGGAGGGAUGCUAUUAUCAGUGGGGCUCUUCUUCCUGAAGUGCAGCUAUAGGUCACUGACCCUGUUGUGUCACUGGCUCUGAUCACAGAGCUUGAGAACCAGGGGCUGCCCCAACCAGAGAUCAUGAUUUAGACAAAAAGCUCAGUAACGUCAAGGGGGAGCCCUCCACAUGAUUCCCAUGAAGCGUUCAGUCAGGCCUGCAGUCUAGACCCGGGGUGCUGACGUACCCGCACGGGUAGGUCCACUGAGCUCACGGUGACCAAUUUCUCGCCCCGACCAGCCUGAUCCACCCUCAGCAAUAUAAGAACUGAGGGCCAGCUGCUCUCCUGACAUGGGGAUUCCCACAGUGGCGAUAUGCAUGGCAAGGGCUGGGAGUCAGCCUACUAGAGACACUGCGGGUGGCAGCCCCAUCCGACCGCCUCGGCACUUCCACACCCAGUGGCGGCACCUUUCCACAUCUUCAUUUUGGAGCCCGGGACGAUGGCCUAGGCUGCUUCUGCUAGAUCUGUUAAUGCCAGUGUGAAGUUUCCAACUAAAUACUUAAUAAAAUAAUUACCAAAAAAAAAAAAAAA